AUGGGUCGCAAGGAAGAGGAGGACAGCAGCACCUGGAAGAAACAGACAAGCAACAUCCAAAAAACAUUCAUUUUCAUGGAGGCCCUGGGAUCAGGUGCCUUUUCGGAGGUUUUCCUGGUGAAGCAAAGAAGCACUGGCAAGCUCUUUGCUCUGAAAUGCAUCAAGAAGUCUCCUCUCACAAGGGACAGCAGCUUGGAGAAUGAAAUAGCAGUGUUGAAAAAAAUAAAGCACGAAAACAUCGUGACUUUAGAAGAUAUCUAUGAGAGCACAACUCACUUCUACCUGGUCAUGCAGCUGGUAUCUGGGGGAGAGCUCUUUGACCGAAUCUUGGAACGAGGGGUGUACACGGAGAAAGAUGCCAGUGUGGUGAUCCACCAGGUCCUGACAGCAGUGAAAUACCUCCACGAAAACGGAAUAGUCCAUCGUGACCUGAAGCCUGAAAACCUUCUGUACCUUACUCCUGAAGACAACUCCAAAAUCAUGAUCACGGACUUUGGCUUGUCUAAAAUGGAGCAGAACGGGAUCAUGUCCACGGCCUGUGGGACUCCGGGAUACGUUGCCCCUGAAGUCCUCGCCCAGAAACCGUACAGCAAAGCUGUUGACUGCUGGUCCAUCGGAGUCAUCACCUACAUCCUCCUGUGUGGGUAUCCCCCCUUCUAUGAAGAGACUGAAUCCAAACUGUUUGAAAAGAUUAAGGAAGGCUACUACGAGUUUGAGUCUCCGUUUUGGGAUGAUAUCUCCGAAUCAGCCAAGGAUUUCAUCAGACACUUGCUGGAGAAGAACCCGAAGAUGAGGUUUAGCUGUGAAGAAGCCCUGCGGCACCCGUGGAUUAAUGGAAAUACAGCCCUUCACCGUGACAUAUACCCAUCUGUCAGCGCACAGAUCCAGAAGAACUUUGCAAAGAGCAAAUGGAGGCAAGCCUUCAACGCCGCGGCCGUCGUGCACCACAUGAAGAAGCUGCACAUGAACGGCCACGCGGCGGCCGAGGGCACCCUCCCCGUCAUACAGGUCUCAGAGGGGUCCAGACCCAACACUCCCAUGGUGACCACCCACCCAGCGACACCCAGCAAAGAGGAGGACCCAUCACUGCCUCUGGUCCCCACGCAGGGCUGCCCAAACCCUCCCACUCAGCUGGAGCAAGACACGGCAAUGAGGGAAGAAAAGGUGCAAAGCCAGUGGGAGAACGGAGCGGUGCCCGCAGGGAGCAGCCUGGCCCUGCCCGAGAACCACAGCCCACCAGCCAGAACUUCUUGUGGCUGCAGUCCAGCCUGCAUGGGGCACGAGAAAACGAAGACGUCCUUCUGCUCCGAGACAGUGCUGCUUAAAAAACCUGCAAAAUCCCAUCAUUUCAAAUCAGAAGUUCUCGUUCCAGUGAAAACCAGUAAGCACUCUUCUCACUGUGGCACUGGGCAAACUGGAGUUUGUUUGAUCAUGUGA